AUGAUUCUUCCAAAGUUAGCCAUGUUGUUAUUCUUGAUGUUUUUUGUAUGCUGUGGUGUAUCAAUGGGUGCAGUGUACAAGGUUGGUGACUCUACUGGAUGGACAGACAUUGGUCACAUUGACUACAAAUCUUGGUCUGCCAAUAAAAAAUUUCGUGUUGGAGAUUCCAUUGUGUUUGAGUACAAGCAGCACUUGGACAACGUGGUACGAGUAACACACAAAAACUUCAAUGCAUGCAAUGCAACAACAACUUAUGCCACAUUCAACACUGGAGACGACACAUUUGUGAUAAAAAAACCAGGACACUUCUAUUUCAUUAGCAGUUUCCCUGGUCAUUGUCAAAAUGGUCAGAGAGUUGACAUCCGAAUCCCGAGGCCUAUAAAGUCAUCGCCUUCUCCUUCUCCUUCUCCUUCGGAGCCAAAUACUCCGUCAUCAACACCAAAGGCACCUUCACCAUCUUCUUCUCCUCCUCCUUCUCCUUCGGAGCCAAAUACUCCGUCAUCAACACGAUCACCUUCACCAUCUCCUGAUGAUAAAACAAGUGGAUCCUCAGAGAUGUUAUUUUCUUUUAAGCUUUGGUUGUCCAUGCUUCUAAUAGUAUUAGUCGAUAUGGUUUAA